AUGACAAACGUAAAGCUAAAACUCAUGUUCUUCCUUUUAAAUUCGUUAUUGACAGCUGAUAUUGUAUAUGCUCGUCCAUACUCUGACAAAAAUAGAACAGAUAUUAUUAUAAAAUAUGCCAACAAUAAUACAUUUCAUUUACCUGUCAAUCCUGACUCCGACACUCUUGUUGCUGCUACUGAUGAAGAAACAAGAGAGACAGAUAGAAGCUCCAAAACGGACAUGCGAGCUAUGGUCAGCGCUGAACAGGACAGAGAUGAAGCAUUCUCACAGAGAACUGUAAAAGAUCAAAAAAAGAUUAUGGAAAUACGUAGCUCUGAUACAGAUGCUGUCGAAAAACAGUUAAACGGAUCUAGUAGUCUGUUAGAAGACAUCAUCAAUUCUGAAACAGACAGAGAAGAUACUAUAACAGAUAUACUUUUCAGACCUGAAUCUGAGUUCGUUGAAGAUAUGCCUCGCUUUGAAUUUCUUAUAGCUGCAAAGAUAAAUGAGAGUGACUUUGGGACUAGAAAUGUUAGUGAGAGUGAAAGAGACAAGAACAGUAGUGACGUGUUAAAAAAGGUGGAUUAUGUGGAGCUGGUAGAAGUCGACAAGACUUCGAAAGAGAACAGUAGCGCAUAUAUGAUGAACGGCACUAUACACGAAGUGGAUAAUGACUUGGCUCCAGAUACAAGUGAGUAUUAUGAUAUAGAAUUUUGUAAUUAG